AUAGGAAAUUAUGUUUGAGAAACCUGGACCAAUGAGAUUUCGCCAACUGGUUUAAUUUCAGAAUGACAACUGGAUACUGUAUACAAAAUUGGUCAGAUUGUUAAAAAAACUUGUAAGUUUCAAGUGUGCACUGUACUUUUUGAUAGUAGUCAGUUAUAUAUUACGUUCACAGCACAUUGUUGCUUUUAAGCUUGUUGCAUUGGAAGGAAACAACUUUGCAAUGGUAUCUCUACAAAUAUUUGUGUUGGUUGCAGUAUUGUGUUGUUUCUUUGGGAUCACUGAUGUCCUCUCACUAAAAAAAGAAGAUUGUGAAGUGUGCAUUACAUUUGUUGAAAAAUUCAGCAAUACCCUCACUGAUGCUGUAAGGUCUGAUCCAAAGAAAAUUGAGAGAGACUUCAGGAAAUUUUGUAAAACUACAAAAAGCAAAGAAAAUAGAUUUUGCUACUACCUGGGAGGCCUGGAGGAGAGUGCUACAGGAAUACUGGGGGAGUUGUCCAAGCCUCUGUCCUGGUCCAUGCCAGCCGACAAGGUGUGCGAGAAGCUCAAGAAGAAAGACUCCCAAAUCUGUGACUUGAGAUACGACAAAACAAUUGAUUUGAAGACAGUUGACCUGAAGAAGCUAAAGGUGCGGGACUUGCGUAAGAUCCUGAGCGACUGGGAUGAAACCUGCGAAGGCUGCAUAGAGAAGACAGACUUCAUCAAGAGGAUAGAAGAGCUGAAGCCACAGUACAUGCGCAAUGAACUCUGAGUUGCCCGGCAGGGCACGUGAGAGAGUGGAGUGCGACGUAACUUAUUGCAGCGACUGGCUGGACCAGGCGGGAAAGGAUGAGUGUUGAUUCAGUUCCUUCUACCCUGUCGAAUUUCGUGUUAAAUUAAGGAGGGAUAAAAGUGGUGCACAGCAUGUUUCAACCACGAUCACAUUGUUUAUGCAGUGUUCAAUGUUGUAAUUUAUAUCUGCAUGAGUGUGUUUUAUUUUGAAAGUUAUUAACAAAAUAAAUUUUGUAGCAAUAA